UAUAAACGUCACGACCGUAGAAAGUGAAAGUGUUUUGAAAGUGAAAGUGUGAAGGAGACGUCUCCUCUGUCAGUCACGGUCCUCGGCCCUCUUCUGCCGGGUCGUGUCCUCUCUGAGUCCCGGUCCUCGGUCCUCUUGUCCCGGGUCGUGUCCUCUCUCGGUCCCGGUGUCCGGUCCUCUUCUCCCGGUCGUUUCCUCCUCGGUCCCGGUCCUCGGUCCUCUUGUCCCGGGUCGUGUCCUCUCUGGUUCUCGGUCUCCGGUCCUCUUGUCCCGGGUCGUGUCCUCCCUCAGUCCCGGUCUCCGGUCAGCACCAUGCCGGACAGCGGCCUGUGCCUGGAGGCUCUGUCCGCUCUGAGCGGCUGUAACGUGGGCUCCACCCAGGGCCCCUCUCCGCUCAGCCCGCAGGACUUCGUGAACAUCGUGGCCCUGCGGGAGUUCUACAAGCAGCAGGGCCUGGAGCAGCUGGAGUACCCGGGGGUCGGAGCCAUGUCCCUGGAGGAGCAGGACGACCCGGACGUGUACAGCUCCCCGCCGGCGCUGGGUGAGGACCCGGGGCCGCAGGAGAGUCUCAGGGCGUCGGUGAAGAUCAACCUGGAGGAAUUCUUCCAUCCGCAGUUCAACUAUGACUUCACCUCCGUGCAGGAUGGCAGCACCGUGUUCCUGCGGGGGAACGAGCGGUACUUCCGUCCCUGUGGGUGGAACCGCGUCGCCCUACGCGUCGCCCAGCAGUACGACGGUAACGACGUCUGGCUCGGGACCGGUAAGGACGCCUGGCCGGUCUCUUACCACGCCCACAACAUGGACGGCUCCCUGGGCGUCAUCCUGACCCACGACGGGAGCCCGGAGCACGAACCCAGGUUCCUGGACGCCGCCGCAGCUUCUCUGACCACCGGUCUCACCAAGGGCAGAGGAGUGUACUCCACGCCAGACAUCAAGAUGGCUGAGAAAUACUGCAAGGUGUUCAAGUCCAAAGUGGACGGGAAAUCGUACAAGGUGGUUCUUCAGAACCGCAUCAACCCGGAGAACAGGAAGAAGUGCCAGAGAGAAGACGUGUGGUUGGUUUACGUCCCCGAAGGGUCCAGCCCCGUCCAGACGAGGGCCGUGGUGCAGGACUCCAUCCGUCCCUACGGGCUGCUGCUGAAGCAGCUGUGACAGGACGACCACACGUCUGAUCCACAACACGACAACCACAACAACAACAACUACUCUCAGUCCAGGUCCCGCCUCCAGCUUCUGAGCUUUGAUCCCAUCACACACCAUGAAGAUCAAUCCACCAAAUAGAUCUGACUCCUUCUCCCAAGUUUUAAAUCCACAGAGCAGAGGUUUGGAAACAGAGCUGGUUCCGAUUGGUCCGCCUCCCGUCACAUGACCAGAAGCAACACAGAGAAGUCACCUGAUGCUCACCCAGAUACAGAUGUCUCCAUGUGGAGGAGCCCAGAUGUGUGUGUGGGGAUUGGUCACAUGAUCUGUGAUGUCAGGUGUGUGGAUGUGAAUUAAAACACUUUACUUUGAAAAGGUAUCUGUGAGUUAUCUCAAUGGUUCUAGAGAAACUUCUUGUUUAAUAAAUUACAUUUUAAGAGGUUUUUGAUUUUAUUAGAAGUUAAUGAAUUUCCUGUUUUUUCUGUUUCUGUCCAAUCACGUUGCUCUAAACUUAAUGUGAUGACUUUUAGUCGUAAACAUGGUGACAAAUGAUCUUCAAGCUUUAUUGUGAAAAGACUCACAAUUCCUGAACAUUCCAAUCCUGUUUUUAUAAUUUUCCUGUCAAUAAAUUUAUUCUUAUUGAAAACUGA